AUGGCUUACUCGAGUGAGGAAGGCAUUGUGAAAAAGAUAAAAAAAUUGAAAGAACAUGUCGUCUGGCCAGCUUAUAAAGAACGUUCUGGAUUUUUGAGUAAAAUUAUUCCAAUGGUAAAAGAGUGGAAACACAGUCUGCCAAAUCUUGAAGAAAUUUUUUCGAACGAAGAAAUAGGAGUACUUCUUAUAGACGCGAUAAAUAUCUCGGUGAACGACGAGAGAUUCGAUACAAUCGAUUCGUGCGUAAAUUUUGUCAAGUUCAUCGCGCGCUGUGGCUACAUCGACGAAUCUGAAGAACAUAAAUAUAAGCAUAGGUUUACGCCGGUCCACGAUUCGAUUCAGCUCUUGCGCAAGCUCGACAGCUUCGAAAGUGACCGUGAAAGUAAUGUCGUAGAAACCAUGGGACGCGGUGUCAGACACCGCUGUCAGCUCUCGGAAAGAAGAGAUCCUGUUCAACGUCGCAAAGAACUGUACGAGCAUUACUCCGAUUUUGUUAACGAUCUUCUCAAUAUGUUUCCAAGGUUCGACAUCAAUUACAGCGACAGCGAGGGACUGACGCAUUUGCAUGUAGCGAGUGCCUUCGGCUGCUAUUAUGUAGUCGAGCAAUUUCUCGAACACGGCCACGAUCCCAAUAAAUGCGUUUGGGAAAAAACGGGCGAUACCCCUCUACACUUGGCUAUAAGAUACGGUCACCUCGAUGUGGUACAAUUGUUGCUGGACUCGGGUGCCGAUACGAAGGCAAUCAACAAAAAUGGGUCGAGGCCCGUGCACGAGCUAUGCAAAAGUAUUCAUGGCGAAGAUUUGGUGGGUCUCUUAUUCAUAAUCGGUGACGAGAUGGAUACUCAAGACGUGUCGGGCAAUUCGCCACUACAUUUGGCUGCUACAACGAGCCACAAAAAAGUUAUAAGAUACUUGUUGAAGAAAGGGGCGAACUGGAAUCUAGCCAACUCGGAUGGAGAGACGUCACUUCACGCAAUCUGCAGGAAUAAAGAUGAGGAGAUAGCCAAGCUAUUCCUCAAAAGUGCCAAGCAACAAAUGCGGAUGGGCAUUGACGCCCAGGACUAA